UAAGCCCUGGUCUAUAAAUCCCCCCCCUAUUUUCUGUAAAUCCACUUUUUAUAUGAAUCACAAAUGCAUUUGUACUCAUCAAAAUAGUUGGGGCUUAGAUAAAUAGACUCUAUUUUCUGUAAUUGUUUAUUCAUAAUAUGUUAUAAUUACUGACAUAAUAAAAUAAACAUAAUUUCAUAGUAAUUACAAGAACACAUACACUGCAUCAUUUAAUAAGGUUGAUGUAGAUUUUGGAUGUUGCAAUAUCUGCAGCAUUCCUAAGAGAAAAUGGCACGAUGAUUGUACACUUUUAUCAUCUACAGGAACUGAAUUGAAGAUUAUGUCAGAAAUUCAGAACAACUCUUCUUGUGCCAUUACACCUAAAUAUUGCCUGUACCAGAAACAAAGCUUCUUUGCAAUGAAAUCUAGACAGGUUCACACUAAAGAUAUCCUCAAAGAGAAAGGAGAGCCAAUUGAACCAUCAACAAAUCAAACCGUUAGCAAAUCACUAAGUAUCCCGUCAGAUGCCAUCCCCUCCAUUCUCUCCAACUGCAAGGUACUCAAUGUGGAAUACAGACUCAAGGUCUAUCUUGAUAUCAAGUACUCCAGAAAUCCGGAGAUCAAGUUUCCAUUGGUCAUCGCUGCUGCCCCACAGAACACAGAUGGAGCAGCAACAUCAGAGGCCUUGGAAAGAACAGAGCCACCUCCUCCAUAUAAUGUUUACAGUCUAUACCCAACCCUACCCAACCCAUCAGGGAGUUCUUGGGCAUAAUUGGCUUGUGAUGGUUUCAUCAUUUCAUUGCAAAUAGAAUGUUGGAAAAUAGAUUUUUCCCCCCUUUUUGUUUUUAAAUUAUGCAGCCCCAUUUAUUUUUUUCUUCUGUGAAAAAAUUUACAUGAUAUGCUUUUGUAACCCACCUUAAAGUUUGGUUACUAAGACCAUAACUUUAGUUUUAGAACAGUUUGAGUUCAAUAAAUAUUUUAAUAUAUAAUAGAAUAAAUAUGAAUAAAUAGCAAGAAGCUGAGUUUACAUGAUUAUAUGUAUUUCUUUUUUGGUCUGCUUGAAAGUGCAGGUAUUAACGUUUUUCAUGUGACGUAUUCUAGGUUCUAUAGCUUUGUUUACAUCCAGCUGGUAGGCAAGGGACAAGUUGAACCCAUUGAACAUCGUUGUCUG